AUGGAAGGUAAGAAUCAAACUUCAUUGAAUGAGUUUGUCCUUGUUGGCUUUCCAUAUCCCGAUAGUCUGAAGGAACCUUUACUUAUCUUCUUCCUAUUCAUCUAUUUAAUGACACUCUUUGGCAAUCUUCUGAUCCUGUUGGUUGUUCUAGCUAAUCCCCAUCUCCACAAGCCCAUGUAUUGGUUCCUCUGCCAUUUGUCCUUUCUGGACAUAACAGUCUCCACCGUGAUUGUUCCCAAGGUCAUUGUGGGAUUUUUAGAAGGUGGGAGGAUCAUAUCCUUUGGAGGAUGUGUAUGUCAACUCUUCUUCUUCCAUUUUUUGGGUUGCACAGAAUGCUUCCUUUAUACAUUGAUGGCCUAUGAUCGCUUUUUGGCUAUUUGCAAACCGCUCCAUUAUGGCAACCUCAUGAAUCAUAGGACCUGCCUCUUCCUGGCCAUGGGCAUUUGGGUUGGAGGAUGCCUUCACUCCAUAAUGGAGACAGCCCUUGUUUUUCGCUUGCCCUUUGGUCGGGAAAACCAGGUCAACUAUAUCUUCUGUGAUAUCCCCGCUGUGUUGAAGCUGGUCUCUGCCGACACAACCCUCAAUGAGAUGGUCACCAUGGUGGAUGUCGGUCUUGUGGCCACCACGUGCUUCCUUCUGAUUUUGACUUCCUACAUGUACAUUGUGUCCACCGUCCUGAAGAUCCGCAGUGCCCAAGGUCGUAAACGGGCUUUCUCUACCUGUACUGCUCAUCUAACUGUGGUGGUGACCUACUAUGUGCCCCUUGUCUUCAUCUAUCUGAGACCAGGAUCUCAGGAUCCACUGGAUGGAGUGGUGGCUGUCUUCUACACCUCGCUGACUCCGCUUUUGAAUCCGAUUAUCUAUACGCUGAGGAACAAGGACAUAAAAGUUGCCCUUGUAAACUGGUCGAGGAGAUCAUCCUAAAUUGGUUAUUUGAAAAUUCCUGGAAUGGCAGUCAAAUGCUACAAUCCCGAAUCUUUAAUCACGACCCACGACAACAGCAAACAGCACCAGUGUGAUUGGAGCAACACAAAACUCCUCAGCCAUACUACCACCCAUCACACUCGUGUGUUCACCAAAGCCUGGCACUCCACAUGCAAUUCCAUCAACAGACAUAUUGACUUACAGUACAAUCAGCCUAUAAACCCCUCAGAAUCCAAAUCAACUACACAGCCAUCCAGAGAGAGCACUGACCCUCAACCAACCCACACAAGCCCCCACCAACCAGCACUUUGCCUCCCAACGACCCUCACCUGAUGUAAUCUCCUUAUCAUAAAACCCAUCACAAGACUCACUGAUGACUCACGGCUGACCCAUCACUCGACACACCCACUGUCAACUUGCAAAAUGUUCCUGGCCUGCUCUCGAGUUGCCAUAGGCAAAGGGGAUGGGAAACUGACAAAGCAACACAGCAGCCAAAGACAGGAGCACAUUGCAGACAUAUAUUUCUCAAGACUAUCUCCCAUGGUUACCCACAGCGGCCUGAGUGGAGUGAUAUCUACAACCCGAAAAAUUGCUCCAUUGGCAAAUGUGAUUGAUGACACACCCUGGGGGGAAACAGGGUCAUGAUUAGGGCCAUAAAUUAUG